GCUUGAUUUCUCUCUUUUAUGUCAUAGCCCGUAUGAAGGCCAAUCAUGUUGAGACCCAGGCGGAGGUUCCUGCUGACCCAGGCUCUCACCAGCACAUCGCCCUUUACUGUCCUCCUGAGGGUGUCUGGAGCUUCAGUGCUGUGUGCUCUGGGCCUCCAUGCUGGGGCACCACUGACUGCUGCUGUCCAGGGCUUCUGGUGGACUCUACGAGGCACUGAUGUGGAAUCUUCCCCAUUCGGUGCACCAAGAGCAGCUUCACGUGGUGUGGGCUGACGUGAAGAGCUGCCAGAUCUAACAGAAAUUGGAUUGGUAACAUUGAAGAGACACUUCUCACCUGCCUGAAAUGCCCUUCAUUAUCUUCUUCAAGUUGCAAGGGCUCUGGAACAGCCCUUACAGUGCUCCCAUAAAGGAGAAGAAGAAAAUAACAGGGAUCUUCAUGGAGAAAUGACCCAGGUGAGGGGCUGGACUCUCCAGAAGUUACAGCAAAAAAAAAAGUUUCUGAAGAAGAAUGGAGGAGCCGAGAGCCCAGGCCGGGAAAGCAGGGUUGUGUGAAACGCUAUUUAAUCCUAUGUGCUCCCUGCCCCAGUCUACCAGCCAGUGAAUGACAGCUAAGUAUAAAUGCCAGGACUAUAGAACUGUGAUAAAGCGUUUGUCCAAGGAAAGGGCCUUUUACUCUUUUUGUUUUCACAGUGGAAAUUGCUGUUUUUCAUUUAAAGUUUCUGAAAGGCAGCAGUGAGCUUCUGGAGGGAGCCUGAGCUGAGUCUACACGCUGGAAUCCCAGAGCUGAGGGAACAGGUGGAAGAAAGAAAGUCAGCAGGUUUAGGGGAUGAGAAUAAUCCACAAAGGACAAGGCAUUGGGAGCCUUGGGAGGAGCCUGAAUCAUGGAUGGAAUUGGACAGUGCAUGGAGAUGGUUGAGCAGGAUGAGGUCCCUGGCUCUCCCUGUGGUGCCCCAAAUGUCACCAUGGUGGUGGCAUCCUGCAGGACGUGUUCCGGGAAGACGACAGAGGUGAACUUUCCAAAUACCAUGGAGAAUUCCUACUCCCAGCAGGAAGAGACGAAACCAAAUAUCAGAGCCAGCAAAAAUAGACUUCUUAUGAGCCAGGUGGCCUACUUCCUGAACUACCAGCUGAAGACAUACAGAGAUCCAAAAGAUCAGAAUGAAGAACAGAAAUGCAGAGACAGCAAAAAUAAACUUCUUAUGAGUCAAGUGGCCUACUACCUGGGCCGCAGGCUGAAGACACAAAUCCCUGGCUUUUUGUGUUCUGCCCCAAACGUCAGCAUGGUGGCAUCUGACAGGCCUUCUUCCAGAACAAACACAGAGGUGAAUGUUCCAGAAGGCAUUGAGAAAUCCUGCUGCCAACAGGAAGAAAACAAACUGACUUUCGGAGCCCGCAAAAAUAGACUUCUUAUGAGUCAGGUGGCCUACUUCCUGAACUACCGGCUGAAGACAUACAAAGAUCAAAAAGAUCACGAUGAAAAACAGAAAUGCAGAGACAGCAAAAAUAAACUUCUUACGAAUCAAGUGGCCUACUACCUGGGCUGCCGGCUGAAGAUGGAAGGUAAGUUCUAUAGGUUCACUGUCACGAAAGUGCUGAACCAUGUCCUGUCUUGUCUAUGAGAAAUGAUACACUCUUUUCUUCAAAGUUAA